GAGCUGGUGGGCGAUCGAGAGGCGGAGGAGGACGUUCCCCACGGCCGGAGCCAUGGAGAUGCCGCUGCCGCCCGACGACCAGGAGCUUCGAAAUGUCAUCGACAAGCUGGCGCAGUUCGUGGCUCGCAACGGGCCCGAGUUUGAGAAGAUGACGAUGGAGAAGCAAAAGGAUAACCCGAAAUUCUCAUUUCUUUUCGGAGGCGAGUUCUACAGCUACUACAAGUGUAAGCUGGCGCUGGAGCAGCAGCAACUCAUUUGCAAGCAGCAGGCCCCCGAGAUGGAGCCGGCUGCGGCCCUGCCGCCCCUGCCACAGCCCCCGCUGGCCCCGGCAGCACCCAUCCCACCGGCUCAGGGCGCCCCAUCCGUGGACGAGCUCAUCCAGCAGAGCCAGUGGAACCUGCAGCAGCAGGAGCAGCACCUGCUGGCCCUGCGACAGGAGCAGGUGACGGCGGCUGUGGCCCACGCGGUGGAGCAGCAGAUGCAGAAGCUACUGGAGGAGACCCAGCUGGACAUGAACGAGUUUGACAACCUGCUGCAGCCCAUCAUCGACACGUGCACCAAGGAUGCCAUCUCGGCUGGGAAGAACUGGAUGUUCAGCAAUGCCAAGUCACCACCGCACUGUGAGCUGAUGGCCGGCCACCUGCGCAACCGUAUCACGGCCGACGGGGCGCACUUUGAGCUGCGGCUGCACCUCAUCUACCUCAUCAAUGACGUACUGCACCACUGCCAGCGCAAGCAGGCGCGGGAGCUGCUGGCUGCCCUGCAGAAGGUGGUAGUGCCUAUCUACUGCACCAGCUUCCUGGCCGUGGAGGAGGACAAGCAGCAGAAGAUCGCCCGGCUCCUGCAGCUCUGGGAGAAGAAUGGUUACUUCGAUGACUCCAUCAUUCAGCAGCUGCAGAGCCCGGCCCUGGGGCUCGGCCAGUACCAGGCGACACUCAUCAGCGAGUACUCGUCAGUGGUGCAGCCGGUGCAGCUGGCCUUCCAGCAGCAGAUCCAGACACUCAAGACCCAGCACGAGGACUUCGUCAGCAGCCUGGCCCAGCAGCAGCAGCAGAUCCCAAUGCCCCAGAUGGACGCUGAGGUCAAGGCUACGCCACCGCCCGCUGCCCCACCCCCAGCUCCCACACCUGCCCCAGCCAUCCCGCCUACCACCCAGCCAGAUGACAGCAAGCCCCCCAUCCAGAUGCCUGGCUCUUCCGAGUAUGACGCGUCGGGAGGGGUCCAGGACCCUGCAGCUGCUGGGACCCGGGGCCCUGGGCCCCACGACCAGAUCCCUCCCAACAAGACCCCCUGGUUUGAACAGCCACACCCCGUGGCUCCCUGGGGCCAGCAGCAGCCCCCUGAGCAGCCCCCGUACCCGCACCACCAGGGCGGGCCACCCCACUGCCCGCCCUGGAACAACAGCCACGAGGGCAUGUGGAGCGAGCAGCGCGGCGGUGACCCUGGCUGGAGCGGGCAGCGUGAGGCGCCCUGGAGCGGGCAGCCCGAGCCUGGCUGGAGUGGCCAGUUCGAAGGCCCCUGGAACAGCCAGCAUGAGCAGCCCCCCUGGGGGGGAGGCCAGCGGGAGCCACCCUUCCGCCUGCAGCGCCCACCACCCUUCCGCGGGCCCUUCCCGCCACAUCAGCAGCACCCGCAGUUCAGCCAGCCUCCGCACCCCCACAACUUCAACCGCUUCCCACCGCGCUUCAUGCAGGAUGACUUCCCCCCACGGCACCCCUUCGAGCGGCCCCCCUACCCACACCGCUUCGACUACCCCCAGGGCGAUUUCCCAGCUGAGAUGGGGCCCCCGCAUCACCACCCUGGCCACCGCAUGCCACACCCCGGGAUCAACGAGCACCCACCCUGGGGUGGGCCCCAGCACCCCGACUUCGGGCCUCCCCCUCACGGCUUCAACGGACAGCCCCCCCACAUGCGGCGGCAGGGCCCCCCCCACAUCAACCAUGAUGACCCCAGCCUGGUGCCCAAUGUACCCUACUUCGACCUGCCCGCAGGGCUGAUGGCCCCCCUUGUGAAGCUGGAGGACCAUGAGUACAAGCCUUUGGACCCUAAAGACAUCCGCCUCCCACCCCCGAUGCCACCCAGCGAGAGGCUGCUGGCUGCUGUGGAGGCUUUUUACAGCCCCCCGUCCCACGACAGGCCCAGGAACAGUGAAGGCUGGGAGCAGAACGGCCUAUAUGAGUUCUUCCGUGCAAAGAUGCGGGCCCGGCGGAGGAAAGGCCAGGAGAAGAGGAACAGUGGGCCCUCGAGGUCACGGAGUAGAUCCAAGAGCCGAGGGCGCUCUUCCUCCCGAUCCAACUCGAGGUCCUCCAAGUCGUCCGGCUCCUACUCACGCUCCCGCUCGCGCUCCUGCUCCCGCUCCUACUCCCGUUCCCGGUCCAGGAGCCGAAGCCGGUCACGCUCCUCACGAAGCCGGUCACGGUCCAGGUCCCGGUCCCGGUCCAAGUCGUACUCCCCAGGCAGGAGGCGUCGGUCCAGGUCACGGAGUCCAACUCCGCCUUCCUCGGCUGGUCUGGGUUCUAACUCUGCACCGCCUGUCCCUGACCCCAGGCUCGGAGAGGAGAACAAGGGGCACCAGAUGCUGGUGAAGAUGGGCUGGAGCGGAUCCGGUGGCCUUGGCGUGAAGGAGCAGGGCAUCCAGGACCCCAUUAAGGGCGGCGACGUGCGGGACAAGUGGGACCAGUACAAGGGCGUGGGCGUGGCACUGGACGACCCCUACGAGAACUACCGCCGCAACAAGAGCUACUCCUUCAUCGCCCGCAUGAAGGCCAGGGAUGAGUGCAAGUAG